CCGCCCAGGUGCGCCCAUCCCCUCCCGGAGCCCGCACCCAGCCUCGUAGCCCUGCCCGCUCCUCCCGCGCCACCUGCCAGGACUCCGACUGGCGGCGCAGCCUCCUGCGGGCCCCCGCCCCCGCGUUGCCGGGCCAGCGAGGCCGCCGCGGCAUUCCGGGCGCCGCCGCAUUGGCCGCUGGGGUGCGGGAGGCGCGCUUGGCGCAGCCUCGGGGCUGCGGGCACAGACUGGAGCGUCCCGCGGCGCUCGCUCUGCCCUAGGUCGGCUCGCCCAUGGCCCUGGCUCUGUGGCCCUGGCGCCCAGCCCCGCACGCAGUCUCCAUCGCCCGCCUCUGGUUGUCCAGUCCGCCAGCCGCGCGCGAUGCUGAACGGUACGGGCCUGGACCAGGCGUUUAAGAUGUCGUUGCCGCGGAGGGCAAGGAUCGGCGCGUCCGUGGGACCCGUUCGUUCUUCUGCGGGCUACAAGAAGGCAGAGGAUGAGAUGUCCCGGGCCACGUCUGUUGGAGACCAGCUAGAGGCACCGGCCCGCAUAAUUUAUCUCAACCAAUCUCAUCUCAACAAAUUCUGCAACAAUCAGAUAAGUACGGCCAAGUACAGCGUGUUGACGUUUCUACCUCGAUUCUUGUAUGAGCAGAUUAGGAGAGCUGCUAAUGCCUUCUUCCUCUUCAUUGCCUUAUUACAGCAAAUUCCAGACGUAUCGCCGACUGGACGAUACACCACCCUGGUGCCAUUGAUCAUCAUUUUAACAAUUGCAGGCAUCAAAGAGAUUGUAGAAGACUUUAAACGACAUAAGGCAGACAGUGCAGUUAACAAGAAGAAAACAACAGUGUUAAGAAAUGGUAUAUGGAAUACCAUUGUGUGGAAAGAGGUGGCAGUGGGAGACAUCGUGAAGGUCCUCAAUGGGCAAUAUCUUCCAGCAGACAUGGUCCUGUUCUCCUCCAGUGAGCCUCAGGGGAUGUGCUAUGUUGAAACGGCUAACCUGGAUGGAGAGACGAACCUUAAAAUACGACAGGGCCUGAGCCACACGGCCGACAUGCAGACCAGGGAGGUGCUGAUGAAGCUGACGGGAAGGAUAGAGUGUGAAGGGCCCAAUCGCCACCUCUACGACUUCACCGGCAACUUGCACUUGGAUGGGAAGAGCUCUGUUGCCCUUGGGCCCGACCAGAUCUUACUAAGAGGCACCCAGCUCAGGAACACUCAGUGGGUCUUUGGCGUUGUUGUAUAUACCGGCCAUGAUAGCAAGCUCAUGCAGAACUCAACAAAAGCUCCUCUCAAGAGGUCGAACGUCGAGAAGGUAACCAAUGUGCAGAUCUUGGUGCUGUUUGGCAUCCUCCUGGUCAUGGCCCUGGUGAGCUCGGUGGGGGCCCUGUUCUGGAAUGGAUCCCAUGGUGGAAAGAGCUGGUACAUCAAGAAGAUGGACACGAGCUCAGAUAAUUUUGGAUACAACUUGCUGACAUUUAUCAUCCUGUACAAUAAUCUGAUUCCCAUCAGCCUGCUGGUGACGCUGGAGGUUGUGAAGUACACGCAAGCUCUCUUCAUAAACUGGGACACAGAUAUGUAUUAUAUUGAAAACGACACUCCUGCUAUGGCCAGGACAUCGAACCUUAAUGAAGAGCUUGGGCAGGUCAAAUACCUGUUUUCCGACAAGACUGGAACGCUAACGUGCAAUAUCAUGAACUUCAAAAAGUGUAGCAUUGCCGGCGUGACCUAUGGCCACUUUCCAGAACUAGCCAGAGAGCCGUCCUCAGAUGACUUCUGCCGGAUGGGUCCAUGCCCCAGUGAAUCAUGCGACUUUAAUGAUCCCAGGCUGUUAAAGAACAUCGAGGACCAACAUCCCACAGCCCCUUGUAUCCAAGAGUUCCUUACCCUGCUGGCCGUCUGUCACACCGUAGUCCCUGAGAAGGAUGGGGAUGAAAUCAUCUACCAGGCUUCUUCCCCAGAUGAAGCUGCCUUGGUCAAAGGAGCUAAGAAGCUUGGCUUUGUGUUUACAGGCAGGACGCCAUACUCUGUCAUCAUCGAAGCGAUGGGGCAAGAACAGACGUUUGGAAUCCUCAAUGUUCUGGAAUUUUCUAGUGACAGGAAAAGGAUGUCUGUCAUUGUUCGAACUCCAUCGGGACAACUUCGACUCUACUGCAAGGGAGCUGAUAAUGUAAUCUUUGAAAGACUUUCAAAAGACUCAAAGUACAUGGAGGAGACAUUGUGCCAUCUGGAAUAUUUUGCCACAGAAGGCCUGCGGACUCUGUGUGUGGCCUACGCGGAUCUAUCUGAGAAUGAGUAUGAGGAGUGGCUGAAAGUCUAUCAAGAGGCCAGCAUCAUACUGAAGGACAGAGCGCAGAGGCUAGAAGAGUGUUAUGAGAUCAUCGAGAAGAAUUUACUGUUACUUGGAGCCACAGCCAUCGAAGACCGUCUUCAAGCCGGGGUUCCCGAAACUAUAGCUACUCUGUUGAAGGCAGAAAUUAAAAUAUGGGUCUUAACAGGAGACAAGCAAGAAACUGCAAUCAAUAUCGGGUAUUCCUGUCGGCUGGUGUCACAGAACAUGGCCCUUAUCCUAUUGAAGGAGGACUCUUUAGACGCAACAAGGGCUGCCAUCACUCAGCACUGCACGGACCUGGGAGAGUUGCUGGGCAAGGAGAACGAUGUAGCCCUCAUCAUCGAUGGCCACACCCUGAAGUACGCCCUCUCCUUUGAAGUCCGCAGAAGUUUCCUGGACCUGGCGCUCUCGUGCAAGGCGGUCAUCUGCUGCAGAGUGUCCCCUCUGCAGAAGUCUGAGAUUGUGGAUGUUGUGAAGAAGCGGGUGAAAGCCAUCACCCUGGCCAUCGGGGACGGUGCCAAUGACGUGGGGAUGAUCCAGACAGCCCACGUAGGGGUCGGGAUCAGCGGGAACGAGGGCAUGCAGGCCACCAACAACUCAGAUUAUGCCAUUGCACAGUUUUCCUACCUGGAGAAGCUGCUUUUAGUUCACGGAGCCUGGAGCUACAACCGGGUGACCAAGUGCAUCCUCUACUGCUUCUACAAGAAUGUGGUCCUCUACAUCAUUGAGCUGGCCACCGUCCCUUGCCAAAUUGGCACUGUAUUUGUCAUCAUCCUUAUUCUGUUCACCAAUACUCCGCUGGCCAGUGGUCACGCCACAGACUAUUUGUUUGUUGGAAACAUUGUUUACACGUACGUUGUGGUUACAGUUUGCCUGAAAGCUGGUUUGGAGACAACAGCUUGGACUAAAUUCAGUCACCUGGCCGUGUGGGGAAGCAUGCUGAUCUGGCUGGUGUUUUUUGGUGUCUACUCAACCAUCUGGCCAACCAUCCCCAUCGCUCCUGACAUGAAAGGGCAGGCGACCAUGGUCCUGAGCUCUGCAUCCUUCUGGUUGGGAUUGUUCCUGGUUCCAACUGCGUGUCUGAUUGAAGAUGUGGUGUGGCGAGCGGCCAAGCACACCUGCAAAAAGACGCUGCUGGAGGAGGUGCAGGAGCUGGAGACCAAGUCCCGAGUGAUGGGGAAAGCAAUGCUGCAAGACAGCAAUGGAAAGAGGAUGAAUGAGCGUGACCGUCUGAUCAAGCGACUUAGCAGGAAGACACCCCCGACCCUCUUCCGAGCAGGCUCCAUCCAGCAGUGUGUCACCCACGGGUAUGCCUUUUCCCAAGAAGAGCAUGGAGCUGUCACCCAGGAGGAAAUAGUCCGUGCUUACGACACCACCAAAACGAAGUCGAGGAAGAAAUGAGGCAACUUUCCUGGAUGGCUCCGGGGAAAGGGAUUCUGUUCGGCGCAAGCAGUGUUAACAUGGCUUUGUCAGAGAGACUGGCGCCCACAGCCCAACACCAGAAGACACAUUUCUGUGGCCUUAGCCGACCAGUUUGGUAGCAGCUGUCUUGUCUCCUUGCAGUCCCAGGGUGUAGGCAUCAGGGAAGCUUUACUCCCAGCUUGUCUGCCGUGCUUGGCCCAACUUCUGUUGACGGUGUUAUGAAGCAUUCAGCUGGGCUCUCUGAGGUGUGAAAUUAAAAACUACGUUUCACCAAUGCUCAAACAUCAACGCUAGUGGUUCUGGGAGAAAGGAAGGGGGCAUUAUGUUUCUAGAGACCAGUCCUGUGUAAUCGGAACAGGGUACCCUUACUUCCCUGUUCGGUGCAUGUCCAGAUCACACAAGCCUCGCUUUCUGCAGACUGCUCACUCACUUGGAUUCCUGUUUUCUUUGCGUGAAGUCGGCAUAAACUUCUUGAUUACACCGAAAUCAGAAAACCUUACUGUUGAAGGACAAUCCUGAGAACAUUUCUUUGGCUCUUUUGGUCCCAGCCCCAGCCUCAGCCAGGCAACCAGCCAGAAUUCCAUGCCUUCUGCGCCGAUUUUAGGUGCAGGCCUUUGGUCUUGCCAUGACCGCCCUGUGCUCUUGUCCGCAGAUCUACACAGCUGGCCCCUGGGUGUGGUGCCCCGCAGCUGGCAGCCACCCAUCCAGGUCCGCGGGUGUCUUUGUUCCUCUUUCCGUGCUGAAGUGGACUUCAGAAUCUUCUUACCUAGCCUCACCUGCCCCGCCCCACCCCGCCCUGCCCUGCCCCGUCCCGCCCCUCCCCACUGCUGCCUUGAGCUCUGGGACUGAAGAGAAGUGGCUGAAACACACCUGGCCUAACACUUAACUGUCUUUUUUGAGGGGAUCCCAUGGGAAGGGGAGCAGGCCCUGCAUAUCACUUCUGAGGUAGGCCUCUGGCAGCCUCUCAGAAUCGAUAACUGCCUCUAGAUGCUCAAAGCCCAUUUUAGGCUUUCCACCUCUGUGCACUGAAGGGACAAAACUGGCACUCUGAAAUUCUAGAAUCUGGGUGAGCUUAGGGUGGGGGGUAAGCACAGGGCACCCCAUCUGAGAUCUCGCUGGAAGGUCACCAAGGACACCUGACUUAGGAGGCAGACACAAAGGCUGUUUUCACCAUAUCACAGUGAAAGUUCUCAAGUCCUACUUUUAAUGGACAGUUGUAAUGAUCAGCCCAUGUACGCUGUCGCAGAAACCAGACCUUUUCCUGCAGACAUUUUAUCUGGUUGAUUUUCUUAAGACGAGUCUCACACUGUAUGCCCACCUAGCAUCAAAUGCACUUUGUAGUCCAGGCUAGCCUCAGACUCUCAGCAACCCUCAGCCUCCCGCAUAUUGGGGUUAUAGGUGUGAGUUACCACGCUCAGCACCAUGCACAUCUAAGGAAAACAAUUCCAAACAUUGUCAAGAUCAUAACUUUUAAAAAUAGUCACAUGGUCUCCUUUCUGUAUCCGGCAAGUUUUAGGCCCAAGGGCCUCUUUCUGGACAGUGACUUGGUCUCUCAAACAAGGAAGGGAAGUGCCUGUUCCAAGCUUGGGCCACUGAAGGCCCCCACUCUGAACUGGAACAGAAUCUGGAUGCUCCAAGCCUGCAUGCGAGAACUGGGGGCUCUCAGAAAAUGCGGGCCGGCUUCAGCAUGCUUUCUUCCCUUUAUUUUGGCUGCUGAACCGGAGUCUUUGGAUGGCUUAAAGUAAAUACCCCUGGGCACUUGUUACCGGGUGAACUGGUACCAUACCACCAGGGAUGUAUGCUAGCUUAGAAAAUAAGGCAGCAUUGGGGGGAUGGCUGAGCAGUCCAAGGUGCUGCGUUCAGAAAGGAGAGAUGCUACACUUUGCUUUACUUUUGGAACAUCAGAGAUGAAUGGGCACCAAAAAACAAGCAAACAAACAAAAAACUUGGUUAUGAUUUGAGUAAGAAAACUGAUUCUCACUUAGGGCGUGGCCAGGAUGCUGAGAUGGCUUGAAGGGAGGCAGAGUGGUACAAUUAACAAGAAUCUUGCAAAUGACCUCUCUGCUCCCUGAGGCAAGAAAAAAAAUCUAGCAUGCCCAGCAAGAUGGAAUCCCAACAGACUGUACCAUGUGGGAAAAACAGCAGGAAGUGUGCCUCAGAUUAGGGGGGGCCAGCCAUGGUGUACAUUUUACCCAGAGGGGUGGGGGCAGAACUGUGGGGAGCAACGGAAAACCAACCGGAUGUGCCCUAGGCUUAAGAGUUUUUUCUUCUCUUCUCUUCUCUUCUCUUCUCUUCU